UGCGUAAUUACUGGUGGUAAGACCUAUAUAUAUUAUAUACGCCUAUGUUUAGAAAGUUGUUUGGCUCUUUUACUCUUUCUCUUACUCUUUAAUGGUUUAUGAUAGCACUUAAAAACAACCGAGGAGGGAAAUGAAUCCUAAAGCCGAGUGAGAGUUGAGAAAGAUUAUGUUUUUAAUGCACUGUAUUCCAUGAUAUGAACCACGGUGAACAAAACGGUUCCCUGUAUUCAGGAUGAGAGUUCUGCACUAAGGAGCGGAACUAAAACUUGUGAUCAUCCCAAAAACAUCCUUUGUGUGUUUCUCGUAGUACAUACGUAACAUAACCAGCGAAACCCCAUAAUCUCUUUGCCAUUUGCCUUAAUAUAAUUCGAAAUAUUAGGUCUAUCAUAAAAAAUUUAGAACAGAUUUAAUUUUUCUCACCUAAUUAGUUCAAUCGCCAAAACUAGUUAAAUUAAGCCAAAUAAAACAUUAUGUAAUUUUCUUCACGAUGCAAUAUUCGAUAUAUCGUUACUGAAGUAACUUCUAGGCGAGGGGAAAGCAGGGGGUAACCGCCCCUUGGUGGGCGCCAACAAUAUUCAGUCCGUUGCUCGCUCUCCUGCGGGAAACAGAUGGCGCUGCAAAAUGCCGAGUGUCACGAAUAACUCGGAAAUCUCACGGCGGAUCGGUGCACCGUGCACUGUCGCGUUAUCCGACAAAUGAUGUGAACUGAAUCCGAUGUACAACCGGACCGCGCUGCUCACGUCAAUCAUGAUUUUCGCCUUUUUCGCUUUGUGUAUGCUCGGACUUUUAAUUGUCAAUCAAUCAACGCCCAUUGUUGCAGUGUGUGAGCGAGCCGAUUUGUCCUGAAGGAUCAGGUUGCUUGCCUGGAUGCUGCACGACAGUCAACGUACCGCCCGCUCGCCGAGAUGACGAACAGAUCAAAGACUAUGUGUAUCCCUGGUAUGCUCAAUGGCCGGUGCUAUUCGUUCUUGGCACACUCGGGAGCAUCUUAGUGUGCUGUGUCUGGUGUUUGUUCUACAAGCGGUCACAAUCAGGGUUUUACAUGUGCUCGUUUGCGUGCUGCGUCAGGAGGCCGGCCUCGGAACGUGACUCCGCCGGCUCGGUGUACCCCCCGCCGCGCUACAGCCGAUGCGGCUCUUUCCAUCAGCCACCGCCACCUUAUUCUGAAGUCACUUCUAAACCGGACCUGUAUCCACUAGUCAUUACUUACGGAGACAGUGAUGCUAAAUCAGGAGGGAACUAUCUCAUGGUGCACUAUUUCAGGAAUUACGUGAUCCGUGCUCCAGGCUCUUUAUCGGCGGCGAGUACAGCAGAAUCUCUCAAUUCCAGUUUCUUAUGCAACGCAACAAAUGAGGCGAAUUCAGUCAUCCCGCCUCCGUACUCGUGCGCGAGCAAUUACGAGGAGUGCGGCGCCGUCGGCUGCGGGCGCUCGCUGCUACGUUCGCUGUCCUCCCUGACGGAGCCGAGGGAGCCGCGGACCGUGCUAGCCCGACCUCGCCCCGUACCUGAAUCCACAACCUCACGACCUCAUGAACCAACCAUCGGCUUCCGAGAGAACCUCAUCACAUCACCUGUGCAAUCCUUAGGUCAUUCCUAUGACUUCGAAAUGGAACUGUUAGAUUGUGAACUAUAUUGUGACGGUAGCUGUAAACCAAGACUGGGCGCUUCCCCUCCAGCUCUCAGAUCGCCUUCGGAUCAUAGUGAAUCUGCUGCUGACCGCGAACCUCUAGAGCUGAGACACCUGUUCCGGUGUCCGUCACCCGAAUGCGAGUCACCACCGCAGCCCACCAGUCCUACUCAAGUCUCCAGAGAAUCAACGCUUCAAAGACCACCUGAAGAGAGAAGAUCUCGACGCUUGGAAGCCGCCAAGAAAGCGCUUAAAACAAGAAAAUCGAGCUUAUACAUGCCAUUGACGGCAGCGUACCCGGUUAGGACUUCAAGAAUAUCGCCUGGUGCGAGGCUGUCGUCACGAUCAGCGCCCGCAACGCCCUGCAGUUCCAUCGUGCCCAAUCUACUGACGUUUACUCAAAGAGUGUCUGCCUCAAGGCACAGCUCGAAGUCAUCGAGACUCGAAGAAGAGAAGGACCCGUUACUGAAAGAAUUAGAAACGCAAGGCGAUCACAAGUUUUAACGAACAAAACAAAAGUUAUUAUGACAACAAUUACAGAGUUCUCAGUCUGAAUAUUAAAAGAUAGAUGAUUUUGAUACAAAUUUCAGUGAUACAAUUCUCUGUGGCCUAAUUAGCUGAAUCUUGCCUUUGAAAUGUCCCGAGCGGCAGAAGUAUCUCAAUUCUGAAUGUUGUGAUUGUUCGUGUGCUCAUUUUGUAGAGCUGAAGAUAUUAGUUAGUCAAAUUAAUGUAAUUCAAUUAUACUUAUGGCGUGUAAGAAAAGAGCUUGUUGGACCAUUGUUCACUUGCCUUCUUAUAAUAAAAUUCUAAAAAUA